GGUCGUGUAUCAACCCAUUUUUUUUUUGGCUUGUUUGGAUCUGCUGUUUUGAUCUUCUUUGGCUUAUCGUGAUGCCGGAACCGACAAAAGCGGCCCCGAAAAAGGGCUCGAAGAAAGCCGUGACCAAAACCACCGGUAAAGGCGGCAAAAAGCGCAGAAAGACGCGCAAGGAGAGCUACGCCAUCUACGUGUACAAAGUGCUGAAGCAGGUCCACCCGGACACGGGCAUCUCCUCCAAGGCUAUGGGCAUCAUGAACUCGUUCGUGAACGACAUUUUCGAGCGAAUCGCUGGCGAGUCGUCGCGUCUCGCGCAUUACAACAAACGCUCGACUAUUACGUCACGUGAGAUCCAGACCGCCGUGCGCUUGCUGCUUCCGGGAGAGCUCGCCAAGCACGCCGUGUCUGAGGGCACCAAGGCUGUGACCAAGUACACCAGCUCCAAGUGAAAGCUCUUCAUUCCACACAAACACAAAGGCUCUUUUAAGAGCCGCCCAAUGGUCCACAUAAAGGAGCGGCUUUCUCCGUGUCGGCUGUUGAUUUCUUGCCAAAAUAGCAAACGCGAGAUUUUAGCAUUUAGGAAGUGUUUUGUGUGAAAUGUACAAUAAUAACAAUACGACUGUUUAAAUAAACAACAACAAAUCGAA